CAGUCUUUCUUGCUUAUACGUGCGGUUACAACAUGGUCUAUUUAUACUUAGAAUUUAAGUUGCAAUUUCUUAAGAUUUCAGAUAUCGUAUCGAUGCAAAAAUGUGUAGCAAAAGUGUUUAUUAUAUUCUUAUUAUCAUUAGAAACAAUAUUAUAUAUUUACACUACACCUUUUAUGCUUAAAAUUUAAGUUGCAAUUUUUAAAAACUUAAUAUAAUAUCGUGCUGAUAUAAAAAUACGCAGCAAAAGUGUUUAUUACGUUUUUGUUAUGAUUAAAAAUAAUAUUUUAUAUUUAUACCACACCUUUUAUUAAUCAUUGAUUUGUAUAUCCAUAUUUUUUAUUUCAAUGCACAUUAUUUUUAAAUAUUUAGUAUUUAGUAGAUUUCCAUUUCGCUUACAAGAUAUAUAUAUAUAUAUACAUAUAUGUGUGUGUACAUAGAUAUUUCAAAUUAUAUUAUGUAUUAUAUACUUAAUAUAAGAAAGCAAGAAAUGGAGUAUAAAACCAUGCGAGCAAGUGUCAUUAUUGUAUUGGCUUUCGCCACUGGGAUUGUUGUAGCCACAUCUAGAAAUCAUAAUUAUUCUCAUUUCGUAAAACAUCAUGCAAGACCACGAGUAAUUCGAGGCUUUAAACCUGAAUAUAUGUCUACGGCAUAUGGUUUCGGGAAAAGGCAAAGUACUAUUGAUGUUCCGAAACUCAAUAAACAAGAACGAAUUUUAUCAACACUUCUACGCUAUUUCCCACAAGGAAUUCCCGUAGAUUGGUUACUUCAACAAUUGAAAACGAAUCCAACUUUUGCUACGAAAUUAACACAAGCGCUAAUGGAUGAACGUACUGAUUUUACGUCAAUGAUAGAUCGCUCUAAUCCAGAAAGAAUAACUUGGCUAUAUUAAAUCUUUUAUGUAUGAUCAAAUGAUAUAUACAAUUCCUAGCUAUACCUUUUAGUUUAAUAAAUCUGCGAUAUUUAAAAAA